UACGAACUUGUCAAUAAGCGAAUCUUUUAUGAAUGGUUACAUAUUGCGUUUGCCAUAUUGAUCCCACCCAUCUGUAAAUAUACUCUUUGAUGUAAAUUUAAGAUACUGUUGUCAAGGUAGCUCACAGCUAGACCUAGACUGUCCAGUGAUGUUGUUGGAGUCGAUAAUACUUCCAUUAAGAUUACAAAUAGAAGGAAUGUGUAUACCAUUUUAACAGUACUUCCCAAUAAUGUUAGUUGGUAGAUCAAAUGUCGCCUGCAUGGUGUCAAGCCUAUACAAAAUGAGGAAAGGAACAAUAAUUCUUGAUAACAACACAUCGACACUUGAUCAAUAGCUGUUUUAAGAGUUACUUCUAAACAUGACUUGAUUAUUGACAAAGUGUCAUCAAUGAAAAUCUACAGCGAUAUGAAGUAAUCGUUUUGAUUACCGGUGAUGGUUUAGUUUGAAGGAGAUAGGAUUCACGGGGAAGUUGGUCUUGGGUUUACAAGUGUUGGAGCUCUGGUGAAAACAAGGGAGUCAAGACAGCAAAUCAUAUAAAAUGGAUACUUUCUAGACAACUCACACUUUUGACUUGAAACAUCAACUGAAGGGGAAAGGGAUCAGAAAUAAAAUUUAAAAAACGAAGGAAAAAGAAAACUAUAUUUUGUGAUGGAUAUUACUGCUACACAAAAUGAUCGAAUUUCAAUGAGCUAAACUGUUUUGUUUUUGUCCCUCAGACAAACCAUCAAUAUAACAACGGCGGGGGAAAUAAUACGUGGACAAAACUCACUUUCUGUGAUGGAUCUAGAGACAGUUCUCACGUAAACCGAUUGUAAGGAGCUACAUUAUACAUUUCUCUCCAAAUUAAAAUCUACUGUAUUUAUCAAGAUGACAACGAUGGAGAACACAACUCAUGGACCUAAUUCCGUAGAGACGUUUGUUACAUCUCCUUCGCAAGCAGAGAAAAACUAUAAUCAUUAUGACCCAACCAGAGAACGUGUUCCACAUAAAGUAGAAGGUGAAGACGAUGCUUAUAAUAACUCGUCCACAGACUCUUCGGAUGAGUAUGACACGGAUUUAGAAGUGGAAAUUACUGGAAAACCGUCAUCUAAAACAGGUGGAGAAACUGAUCCGGACGUGAUCUGUAGAGAUGUGUAUGGCCGCUGGUGUGACAAGUACCCGAGCAGACACAAACCCUUCCCUCAAAGCCACAUCAGCAAGAGUCUGUCGGAGAAAACCUUACACAUCAAACACAGGUCAAUUGGCGGUCCCGCCAUGUUUCCAAUUUCAGCCGCCUUGACAAACAACUUUCGAGUUCAAAAACUGGAUCUUGACGGAGCGGAUAUUAAAGAAGAAGGAGUUAUCUACCUUGUCAAAGCUCUAGUGGACAACGUCACUGUCUCACACUUGAACCUAUCCAACAACAACCUUGAACACGAGGGGACACAAUGGGUUGCCUACCUCCUGACGAAGAAUAACUUCUUGAAGCAUGUUAAUCUUUCAGGAAACAAAAUACAGGACAGGUCCGCUUAUCACAUUGCUACAGUCCUUGAGGUAAACAAGAGUUUGGACCAUCUCGAUCUCAGUCACAAUCAACUAGGCGAGCAAGGAAUAAAACUUAUUGCAGCUGCACUUGCAUACAACUCGUGUCUGAAGACAUUCCGGUUAAAUUGGAAUCAUAUCAGAAGGCAGGGCGCCGUGGCUCUUUCGCAAAGUUUGAAGUUUAAUGACUGUCUUCGACUGCUGGAUGUUUCGUGGAAUGGUUUCGGUUACGAGGGAUCUCUGGCGUUAUCGAAGUCUCUAAAAGAAAACAAGACUUUGCGAGAACUCAAUCUGUCCAACAACAGGAUCAGCUGGCACGGAGCACUGUUGUUAUCCAGAGGGUUGAAGUUAAAUGUUGGACUUCAUAUUUUACGAAUAGGGCACAAUCCACUGACGACGACGGGCUGUCACGAUAUCGUGAACGCCAUAGCGGCAGGGUCAAGUCAGAUCAAAACUCUAGAUCUUGAAGGUGUUCCAAUAGUUGCUGAAACGGAAAUACUAUCGUCGUUUGUACGUCUGAAGCGAGACUUCCUGUUGUUACAUGGUGGCAUCGUCUACCUCCCCGACAUACUAGGCGAAAGGAGAGAAAGGAAGAAAGAUCACAUGGAGGUUGUGAUGGAGUAUAUAAAAGCCACGCUCACCAGACCUCUGGAGAUGCUGAAAAACUUCGACAAGACGACCAGUUUGGUGAUCUCCCAAGACGAAUUUGUCGCCCGUUUGGUUAAAGCUGAUGUUCCAUUGCAUAAAUCUGAAAUGCGAAUACUGGCAAAUGCUGUAGCUGAUAAGGGGAGACAAUCCAAAACGGGUUCAGUUGACUACAAGUUAGUGCCCAUCAUCGUGAUCAUUAAUUUAUUAACCAAAACAACUGUUAACCUCGUCAACUUCCUUCCUGAGAUUUCAAAUUCCACUGUUUUUGUUUUCAUACAAUGGUUUUACUUUCACUCAUUUGAAAUAUACAAAAGAAGAAUCAUUCAUUCGAGGGGGCGAGAUGUAGCCUAGUG